UUCUCACCCAUGCAUCUUUAAAAAUAAGUAUUUAUUGAAAUCUCAUUAAUAUUGACUUUAAAAUAUAACAACCCCAAAGAUGAUUUCUCCCGUACUUUGAUCAGGUGAACCUGGACUUCUGGUGACUAAAAUAACAGCCAAAGCUCCAUUCACUGGUUAUGUGAGAGACAUGAAGCAAACUGAGAAAAAGAAGCUGCAGAACGUCUUCAAGAAAGGUGAUCUGUACUUCAACACCGGCGACCUGCUGCGGAUCGAUGAGGAUAAUUACAUGUACUUCCACGAUCGUGUUGGAGACACAUUCAGAUGGAAAGGAGAGAACGUAGCUACAGCUGAGGUGGCCGACAUCCUCGCGCUGGCUGACUGCAUUAAAGAAGCCAAUGUUUACGGAAUCAAAGUGCCAGGUCAGGAGGGAAGAGCCGGGAUGGCUGCUGUUACUUUGAGAGAUGGACUGAAGUUUGACUCCACGGCUGUUUUUAAACAUGUCGAGGACUUCCUGCCGUCCUACGCCAGGCCACGCUUUUUGAGGAUUCAAAGGUCACUGGACAUUACAGGCACGUUCAAGCUAAUAAAGACGAAAGCAGUGGAGCAGGGCUUCAACCCAAAUGAAAUAACAGACCCACUCUACUUUCUGAAUGAAAAAAAGAAGAACUAUACUCCACUCACGCCAGAUGUAUUUGAUUCAGUUAUAGCAGGAGACGUCAAAAUAUAAAGUGAUUUUACUUUUGAAGGAAAAAAUCCACCUUUUCACACACAAGCAAAUCAUUUGGUGUGUGUGACUUCUGGCUACACAUUUUAAUGACAAGGUGUAAAGCAUAAAUUUAUUUUUUGUGUUUUCAUGCACACCCCCCAUGUUUGAGUUUGAUGUACCAAUCUGUGAAUGUGGUGAUGGGUUCACUCAGUGAGGUUUUCUAGUUUAUUAAAUGGAUCGCUGUACACCUCC